UUAUGGUCAGCAUUUUUAUAAUGGUCCUGCUGACAAUGUUGUUCACGGGUUGAGCGGUCAGAUAAGUUCAUCUCUUCUAGCCCUACGCCAUCUCAAGCACUAGAUCUUAGCGGAAAUGGCCUCGGGGGUAAUAUGCCUAUACCAGAAUUCAUGGGUUAUCUCAAGAGCUUGACGACAUAUCUCGACCUCUCAAACAUGAAUUUGAGUGGUCAAGUACCUCCUCAGCUAGGAAACCUCACCAAACUGAAAUACCUCAACAUAAAUGUCAGCUACAGCCUCUAUAAUCAAUAUUCAUAUGCAUCAGAUGUUUCAUGGUUAGCAAAUCUUCACUCGCUGGAGCAUCUUGACAUGAGCACUGUGGACCUUAGCGCAGCGGUUGACUGGGUUCAUUGGGUGAACACCCUCCCAAAUUUGAGAGUUCUAGAUCUCAGUAAUUGUGAACUUAAUAGUUCCAUCCCAUCACUUCUACACAAAAACCUUACGGUGCUUGAAAAUCUGGAUCUCUCCCUUAACUCUUUUCAGAGUCCUGCUGCACCCAAUUGGUACUGGGAUGUGACUAGCCUCAAGAGUCUAAACCUAGCUGCCUCGGGUUUGUUAGGCCCCUUUCCUGACGAAUUGGGUAACUUGACCAAGUUGCGCAACCUUGCUAUGGAAUCCAAUGAAAUCCAGGGGAUGAUACCAUCAACACUGAACAGAAUGUGCAGUUUACAGAAUAUAUACCUCAGCCAGAUCAAUAUCGGUGGGGAUAUAGCACAUCUAAUGGAUAGGAUACCAAAAUGUUCCCUGAAUAGUUUGCAAGAGCUAUUUUUGGAUAGAACCAACAUCACUGGCACGAUAAUAGAAUCAGUAUCCAACUUCACUGCCUUAAGCAUUCUUGACAUCAGUUACAACCACUUGAGCGGUUCUUUGCCUGUGGAGAUUGGAACGUUAAAAAAUUUGACUGAGUUGAUUAUUCCUGGUAACGGCUUCAGUGGUGUGAUAUCAGAAGAACACUUCUCUGGUUUGACGAAUUUGAAGUACAUUGACUUGACUGAUACACAUCUUCAAGUCAUGGUAGGCUCGGAUUGGGAACCCCCGUUCGAUCUGCACACGGCAUAUUUAUCAUCCUGUUAUUUGGGUCAAAUCCCUAAUUGGCUUCGAUGGCAAAAAAGCAUUUCAUACCUCAACAUUUCAGACACAGGUCUCAUUGGUACGAUCCCGGAUUGGUUUUGGAAUACAUUUUCUAAUGCCACAUCUUUGGACCUCUCUUACAACCAACUUUCUGGUAAGUUACCUCUUGAUUUGGAGUUCAUGUCUUCAACGGUGCUUCUUCUCCAGUCAAAUAAUUUAACUGGUUCAGUACCAAGGUUACCAAGAAGCAUUUAUUUAUUGGACAUCUCAAAAAAUUCUUUAAAUGGACAACUUCCAUCAAAUUUUGGAGGCCCAAAUUUACAGGUCGCAGUUCUGUUUUCCAAUCGUAUAACUGGGAUCAUUCCUGACUCAGUUUGUCGAUCACCUCAACUGCAGAUCUUAGAUCUUUCAAACAACCUGCUUACAAGGGGACUACCAGAUUGUGACAGAGAAGGGUUGAAACAACAGAAUCAAUCUAGGAGCAACUCAUCAAGGGUCGGCUUCGGCUCUGCACAUUCUUACAGUUUGAAAAUCAGUGCUCUCCUUCUAAACAACAAUUGUCUUUCAGGUGGAUUUCCUUUAUUCUUGAAACAAUGCCAAGAUCUUGGAUACCUCGAUCUAAGUCAAAACAGAUUCAGUGGAAAGUUACCUGCCUGGAUAAGUGAUAACAUGCCUAAAUUGGUAAUGUUACGGCUAAGAUCUAACUACUUUUCAGGUCAUAUUCCGAUUGAAACAACAAGGCUAUCUUAUCUUCGUAUUUUUGAUCUCGCAAACAACACCUUCUCUGGGGUUAUACCACAAUCUCUUGCAAACUUGCAAGAUCUCACUACCACUGAGGAUGUAGACCCAUUUAAUCCUUUCGUUGAACUUUAUCAGUCUGGGAAUUUUUUGUAUUAUAUGGGUAUGUCUGGUGAUAGCUUUUCGUUGGCAACUAAAGGACAAGUGCUUCAGUACAAUGGGAAUGCCGUAUUUUUUAAGAGCAUUGACCUUUCUUACAACAGGUUAGUCGGAAAAAUACCUGAAGAAAUAGGCUCACUUCUUGGGCUAAUAAAUUUGGAUUUAUCAUCAAACUUCAUAAAUGGAAGUAUCCCAUAUAAGAUAUGCAAUCUACAAGGCUUGGAGUCUCUCGACUUGUCCAACAACCAACUUUCUGGUGAAAUUCCUUGGUGCUUGUCAAAUUUGACUUCACUGAGCUAUCUGAAUUUGUCCUACAAUAACCUAUCAGGUAGGAUACCCUCAGGACAUCAAUUAGACACUCUCAGGGCAGAUGAUCCUACUUCAAUGUACAUUGGCAAUCCUGGUCUUUGUGGACGUCCACUGCCAAAGGUAUGUCCUGGAGAUCAGCCGCCAGUACAAAGAGAUCCCGUCAUAUCGCAUGAAGAUGACAAGGCUCAAAUUGAUUUUCAUCUCGGUCUGAUCAUGGGAUUCUUGGUAGGCCUUUGGAUAAUAUUUUGUGGCCUUCUGUUUAAGAAGACAUGGAGAUAUGCCUAUUUCAGCCUAUUCGACAAACUGUAUGACGUUCUAUGUCUGUUUUGUAGUCACUUGUCAACUAUGGUUCACAAAGGCAGCUCCAAACUGAUUGAGCUCUAUAAGGGGUAGAAGUACUAUAUAUGGGAAAAUAACGCUCCAAUCCAUGGAGCAUUUAAUUCUAUGUAAUACUAGAUUGUUAUACUGUAAAUUUCCAAUGUAAGGGAUUGCUGAUCAUAUAAUAAGGGUAGAAGCAGGAGAAGAAGAACAUAUUAUUGAAUCUAUAUGUUUAAUAUAUCAUCGCCAUGUACAAGCAGGAUAUUAUCCUCUCAUUGCCAUAAGUUGCUGUAAUCUUAGCAGACAAGGAAAGUUGUAACAAACUGUA